AUGAAAGAAGUGCAAGCUGGUGCCGUCAAACUUGGGAAUAAUGUGAUGGAACAUAUUGCUGGUGCGAAGGAGACCUUCACUCAGUUCAUCGAGGAGCCCCGACGACGUGCCGAGGCGGACUCUCUGUCGAAAGAACAGCCGUAUCUUGGACAUUGGGAUCAUCAACACACGCCACCGGGAAAUGCUGCGUAUGGACAAGUGGCGGAGCAGUGGCCCCAGCCAGUUUCACAACCGAGACCCGUUAUGCCUCCGAUGAGAAAAAUUAGUCGAGAAGACGAGCAAGCGCUUUUGCGGUGGGAACUGGAACGCCAGAGGUUGGAGGAUGAGCGACUUGCAAAAUUGCAAGACCAUGAGGUUGGAGGAGAAGAGUCCGACAUGGCAUCUUUCCUUCCUGCUUCCCACAUCUCCUUCCCGAGUCAGACAACUGGUGAAGGACCCCUUGAGGAAAGGUGA